CCGUGCCUUCCUAUCUAAUUGGUGGUAAUUCAGGGGCUAGGUGCAGUUUGUACCCCGUAAUGCUCCUCUUGUGACGCCGUAACGACCCCAAUAAAACUUGUUGCCUGAUAGUACCUAGGUAGUAUCUACUCCUAAGUAUGGAUACCUUCCACUGCACAUUUACAACAACACAGACCGGAUUGAGUUGUCUGCCACCGCAGGCAAAUCUCAUGAAUGGUUUUAUGACUCUUCUGCGAUCCCUAUGGCGACUAACUUCAAGGUCGGCGACCGAUUAUCCUAUGAUGGAGCCGUCUGCACGGUCCGGUAUAUCGGCGAAGUCAGUGGUACAUCUGGUAGCUGGCUUGGCGUAGAAUGGGACGACCCAACACGAGGAAAACAUGACGGGUCUAAUAAAGGAGUGAGGUAUUUUACUUGCCGAUCCAAAUCACCAAAUGCCGCAUCCUUCGUACGGCCAACGCGGCCUACGGAGAAACCACAAAGUUUUAUAAAAGCGAUAACUGAGAAAUACGCCUCUGAGCUGACCAAUACUGCCGUCAUUAAAUUUUCGAAUAAAGUAGCAGAGGAAGUUGGUUUCGAUAAGAUCCAGCGCAAGCAAGCCCAAUUAGCUGAACUGAGAGUUGUCAUCGUCGACAGUUCGCGCAUCGCAUCAGCCUACUCGGAAGGCGAUAAACCCCUCAGUGAGGUCUGCCCUAAGAUAGUCGAGCUAGACCUUAGUAGGAAUCUCUUCCAGAAACUUGGACAAGUUGUAGAGAUCUGUUCUGAGUUGCCUGCUCUGCGGAGUUUACGCUUGAACGGCAAUCGAUUUCAGGAUAUAUUCAAUGAUGAGGUCCUAGGAAACUCCCAUGAUGUUCUGAAAGAAGUCAAAGAUUUAGCUCUUGAAGAGACGUUUAUGAGUUGGGAAGAAAUUUGCCAUGUCGCAACCAAGUUUCAAACACUCUCAACGCUUUCAGCCAGCGCGAACCAGUUAUCAUUUUUACCAGAAACACCUUUGUCGACACUCGCUUCUACUCUCGUCUCAUUGAAUCUAGAGUUUAAUAACUUUAUUACCAUCGCUGACGUCGCUAGUUUGGCUGGGUUGAAGGCUCUUCGUAAUCUGCACCUCAAGGGCAACCAUAUAUCUACGAUCACCCAGGACCCGUCUCAUGCUCUACCGGUAUUCCCAACGAGCUUGAAAUAUCUAGACUUGUCGUACAAUAAAGUAUCAUCAUGGGAUUUCAUCGAUGUGCUACCGAAUUGCUUCCCAGGCUUAACAUCUCUUCGCUUCUCCCACAAUCCUAUAUAUGACAAUCCGGACCCCGAAUUCUCAACCCAGUCCAAGAGCAUCACAGAUGAAGCAUACAUGUUCACGGUUGGUCGCAUAGCGAAUCUCAAGACUCUGAACUUCGGCACAAUCUCAAACUCCGACCGCCAGGAUGCGGAAAUGUUCUACCUAGCCCGCAUCGGCAAGCAUCUAGCCGCUGUCCCGGAGGAUCAAGAGGCAGAGGUCAUCAAGCGGCACAAGCGCUUUGCCGAGCUAUGUGAGCUAUACGGGCCGCCUGUAGUCAAUAGGCGGAAAGAGAUCAACCCGGCCUUCCUGGAGGCGAGAUUGGUUACCGUGCACUUCAGCUUCCAUCCCGCCGGCGAGGAGGACAAGAUCGUUGAGCGUACGACUAGGAUCCCGAAGAGCUUUGAUAUCUAUACCGUGAAGGGAAUUGCCGGCAAGCUGUUUGGGGCGAGACCGCUUGGCCUGCGUUUGAUCUGGGAGACAGGGGAAUGGGAUCCGGUUUUCGGGUUCGAUGACGAAGUGGAAGACAGUGACGAAGAAGAGGAUGAGGAGAAGAGAGGAGAAACGGAUGCGGGAGAUGCCGAAGAUCUAGGGGACAGCUCCCAACCGGACGGUAAGCCUGGUAAGUGGGUCAAGCGUGAGGUAGAGCUGCAGGACGGGCCCCGACAGCUUGGGUUUUGCGUUGACGGCUUGGAGGCGAACAUCAGGGUUGAGCUUAGAUGAGUCAUGGUUUGUGUCUAUAAAACAAUAAUCCAAGUUGUUUCGAAAGGCUCAGGUAGAUGAGUAUUUGGAAUCCAAGACAACUUGAGCAUUCUCUGAUUAUGAGAGCUGUACAUCCCAAGACAAUUGCUAUAGAUACGGCUUUUCAUUCUGGGUUACCUGACAAACAUAUGUUCUCAUUGGUCGGCUAGAUGAAUAUACAAACGGACA